AUGUUCAACCCCUUCCCCCCACCUCCUUCCGCUUUCCCCCCCGCCCUCCCUCCCCCCCAGCUUCCCCUCAACAUCCUAUCCACUCUACCCUCCGCCGCUCCCCCUGCUCCUCCCGCUCCCCCCGCUUCCCCGUCCCCCGUCCUUCCCCCGCCCUUCUCCCCACCUGCACCUCUCCCCACUCCCCCACGCUCACCUCAUCUCCCCCUUCCGCCCCACCUGUUUCCGCUUCCUGCUCUGCUAAAUCUCCGACCGACACCCAUUGCCCUUCCCCCUCCUCCUCUUCCCCCUCCCCCUGAUAAUCCCCCCCCCCGCACAGUUUCCUCUCUCCCCUCCUCUUCCGCCCCUCCCCGCACCUCCGCCUCUCCUCCGCUUUCCCCCGCCGCCUCCGCCCUCCACAGUGCUUCUUUCCGCAAUACGUCCUCCUUUUGCUCCAAAAGCUCCCCCUCCCUCGCGACAUGCAAAAGGAUCUUUAGGGUUGAACUGUUCUCCCCAUCGCCGCAACAUACCUGUGUGCGCCUGUACCCCCGGUCCCCCCCCACCCCACCCACCGUUCCCCAGGUCUUCCCCCAGUGCUUCUAG